AUUGCUUUAACGGAAAAUGUUGAAUCUAGCAAGCUUUGUCCACCUUCUAUCUGGAAUUUCUUGAAUCUUUUGUUCUGAAAAUGGGGAAGAAUUCGUCACUGAGAUCGUUGUUUUUGAGGAUUCAAGUGUGAAGAAGAAGAAGAAGAAGAGGAGAAUAGAAGCUUUGUUGCAUCGAUGGUGGCUGCCAUUACUGGAGCAGCUUCAACCCAUACCCCAAUCCCUAAAACCUCGGCUCAACGGAGUGAGCAGCAGCAAGAUCAUAUCAGAAACCAAGCGAGGCCUCCGCUGUUACCUUCCGAGAGGGACAAUGGGAUUCUCAACCGAAAACCUAGAGGCAGACAGGUUCCUUCAAGGUAUAUGUCUCCUUCGCCUUCGACUUCUACUUCUAGUGCCUCAACUACUUCAUCGUCGGCUUCUUCUCGGCGAUUUCCGUCUCCAUUGCUCUCUAGGUCCAGUAAUUUGACACCUGCAUCGACUCCAUUGCCUUCGUUGGGACCUAAGCGGUCCCAAUCGGUGGACCGGAGGCGAUCAAUGACGCCCCGGUCGAUGACUCCGGUUAUCGAUUCUAGACACGGGAAUGCGAGUGAGAGUUCGGCGGCUGCGAAGCUUUUGGUUACUUCGACUAGGAGUUUGUCGGUUUCGUUUCAAGGGGAGGCGUUUUCCUUUCCGAUUAGUAAAACUAAGGCUACUGCGACGCCGAUGAGCAAUGCAAGAAAGGGUUCGACGCCGGAACGUCGUAGGGCGACUCCACUUAGGGAUAAGAGCGAUGGGUCUGGAGUUCAGGUGGAGAAUUCGAAGCUCAUUGAUCAACAUCGCUGGCCGGCGAGGAUCCAGCAUGCGAAUUUGGAUGGGAACCCGUUGUCGAGGAGUUUAGAUUGCGGCGCUGAGCAGAAGAAAGUGAAUGGAAUGGGAUCUGAGAUGGUGGUUCGGGCGUUACAUCAAGCAAUGCAAGAUGACUGUAGAAGAGCUUCUUUUGACGGUCGAUUGAGCUUGGAUUCAAGCAGUUCUGAGUUGUUGAAGGCAGUUCGGCAAAGCCCAGAUGCGGAUUCAGUGAAUGAGUCUUCUGUGCCCUCUGAUCUCACUACUUCUGAUACGGACAGUGUAUCCUCCGGCAGUACUUCAGGAGUUCAAGAUUGUGGUUCGGCUGCCAAGGGGCGAAAUGGGCCUCGAGGGAUUGUUGUAUCUGCGAGGUUUUGGCAGGAGACCAACAGCCGGCUGCGGCGCUUGCAUGAUCCUGGUUCUCCUUUAUCGACUAGUCCUGGGGCAAGACUGGGAACCGCAUCAAAGUUCAGUCAGUCAAAACGGUUCUCAAGUGAUGGUCCACUUUCAUCUCCACGAACAAUGGCUUCCCCUAUUCGAGGUGGCACAAGGCCUCCAUCCCCAAGUAAGCUUUGGACUUCUUCGGUAUCAUCGCCAUCAAGGGGAAUGUCUAGUCCUUCCAGGACAAGAAAUGGUGUCGGUGGCUCCUUGGUUAGUAACUCAAUGAGUACGCCCUCCAUUCUCAGUUUCUCUGUUGAUAUCCGGAGGGGGAAAAUGGGGGAAGAUCGCAUUGUUGAUGCACACGUAUUGAGGCUUCAGCAUAACCGUUACUUGCAAUGGCGGUUUGUGAAUGCAAGAGCGGAUGCAACGUUCAUGUUGCAGAGACUAAACGCAGAGAGGAAUGUUUGGAAUGCAUGGGUCACUAUUUCAGAACUAAGGCAUACUGUCACACUUAAAAGAAUCAAGUUACUAUUACUACGGCAAAAAUUGAAGCUGACAUCCGUCCUCAAAGGACAAAUAAGUUAUUUGGAAGAAUGGGCUAUUUUAGACAGAGAUCACUCCAGCUCCAUGCUUGGAGCAACUGAGGCUUUGAAGGCCAGUACCCUACGGCUCCCAGUUGUUGGGAAAGCAAUAGCUGAUAUUCAGAACCUGAAGGAUGCUGUGGGUUCAGCUGUUGAUGUUAUGCAGGCAAUGGCAUCUUCAAUAUGCUCUCUCUCAUCUAAGGUAGAAGAAACAAACUCCGUUGUGGCUGAACUGGUUAAGGUGACGGCAAAGGAACGGAUUUUCCUUCAACAAUGUGAAGACUUUUUGUCCACUCUUGCAGCCAUGCAGGUGAAAGAUAGUAGCUUGCGGACGCACAUAUUGCAACUGAAUCGAUUUCCAACAAGACAGCAGCCUAACAAUUACAUGUAGAACUGAUAUGAUCCUGAUGAUAUAUGUCUCACUCCUCACCCGUUAUUCUACUAACAUUACACGGACCCCGUCUCGUUUUUCGACCCGAUGGAGGCAGAAACUGAAGUAACACAAGAACAGAUUGGUGAUUUUUAGGAUCUCUGGGUUUUGAAACCUUCUUGGUGGCUCCUCUCUAUGUUGUUAAAUGUAUCUCUUUGUAUCUGGAAAAAAGAAAAAGAUGAACAAACAAACAAACAAACCCCAUCCCUUUGAUUAGCUGUGUAAAAGUGCAGCAAUUCUCUAUCCCUUUAGCCAACGAGUAAAUGCCAAUGCUGAAUGUGUAUAUAUAUGUAAUGUUCUCAUCAUUGUUGAUUCU